CAAACACUCCAGCAGCUUGUAUUAGUCGCGAGACAGUACACGUGCAGUUCCUUCAUCAAUGCUUAUGAGAAGCAUCUAGGAAGCGACAUCAUAGGCGCAUCUGUUUGCGGCGCGUGGAAUUGAAAUAGCUGUUGCGAUUCUCUUGUAGAAUCAAAAUGGGCGAGCUAGCUGAUUACUUGGUCGAGCACGAUCCAAACUUCCGCAAAACUCGACUCCCUGCGCUGUAUUCCGACUUUCGCUCGCAAAAGACUCUGAAUCCAGAUGGCUACCACGCGAACAUCUCAGCCUGGCUACUUGCUCUCGCGAGGCUAGCCUCUGAAGGGCUAUUAUCUCGCCAGGGCUCCAAGUCCAGCGCCCUCGUUUUCGAUAUCGACGAAUCACUACGACGGUCGCUAAGUAGCAAACAAUUCGGCCAACCAUUGGCGCUCGGCACUGUCAUAAACGAAGCGCUGGCACAAAAGGAUCUGAUUCCCCUGCAGACCUUUCUGCAGUCAACCCAGAAUAUAUACCACCACCAGCAGGGUUGGUCGCAGGUGCCAUGGAAUGUAAUGGGAUGGGCCCUGCGGCAGAUAGGAGUUAUCGACCCGACUCGAGGCGAAGAUAAGAUACCCAAGGGCAAUUACGUUGUCAUGAAGAAUGUAGAAGCAACCAGCCGGGAGCUGGGAGAGACCAUUGCCGAAAGAACAUCACGGUAUGACCGAGUCUUCACGCGGGCCCAAUUUCAAGCACUAUUCGAAUCAGUGCUGGCUAAAGAUCAGCGACUGUCUGGGACAGAUUUUGAUGUGUUACUGAAAUUCCUCUCUCGAGAUAAGGAUAUGAUCGAAUACAAUGGCGACAUUGUCCGCAUCCAGGGAGUUGGUGAAGAAAGAGGGAUCACCGAGGAGGAUGCGUCUAUCGCAUCCAUAAAGGAGCUGGUGGGCAGCCUGGAACAUCAAGUUAAUCUGCUUAACAAGCGGAUAGACGAACUAGAUCAAGAGGCAAAGAAUGCAGUCCUACGGAAGAAUCGCGUAACAGCCUUAGCAGCGCUCAAAUCGAAGAAACGAGCCGAAUCUUCUUUAUCAACACGUUAUGCCACUCUGAACCAGCUUGAAGAGGUAGCUUCGAGGCUACAGCAGGCUUCUGACCAAGUACAGUUGGUCAAGGUUAUGGAAUCAUCGGCCAGUGCGCUGGAGAGCCUCAACGCCCAAAUUGGUGGCUCCGAAAGGGUCGAGACUACAAUGGAUCAUCUCAGAGAGCAAAUGAGCGCGACGGAUGAGUUGACUGCCAUUUUGUCUGAGCCCACUGGCAUCGUUGUGGAUGAAGGGGAGAUUGAUGAUGAGUUGGAGGCUUUGGAAAUGGAGCAGAAGAAGGAAGAGGAAGAGAAGCAACGCCGUAAGGAGGAGGCCAGGGAAGCUGCUAAAGCUAGAAAGGAGCUGGAUGAGCUGCCAUCUGUGCCAACAGAAGAGGCAGAGAGGAUGGGGGCGCAAUCACCAACAAGAGCGACUGGUAUUGCGAAGCUGACGCUCGAUGGGUAGAGGAGAAAUAGGUUGUAAGAGGAAGGGUCAUCAUUCGGAAUAUACUCAUGAGCUGGAAUUACAAAGGCUUUUUUUGCAAGGCAGGGCUGUAUACUGAUUUCAAGGUAUAGGUAUGGGCGUGAUGGAUGGAUACACACGUUCUAUUCUUUGACAAAUAGCAUGAGCAAAGGGUCGUUAUAGUUUCAAUAGAAGCAAUAUUCAGUAGUAGGAUCUUGCGAGAUUUGCG